UGUGUUAUCCCUCAAAAGGGUUAUUCCAUUGUAAAAUUAAUAUUAGGGGCGGAUCUUCAUGAAAUUGUUCUUUUCUAGGACAGUUGUCAAUGUCUGUAGGGAAAAAGUAUUAACUUAAAUGGCCUGAAAAGUACUCAUCCAUUGCAGAAAUUUCGGAAAACGUAGUGGAUGAACCCUAUUACCGACCAUUGUUGCAAGCUGCAUUCAGGGGUGAUUGGGAAUUUGCUACAAGAUUUUUCGAACAAGAUGCUGCUUCGAAGACAGCCAAAAUAACAAGCAGAUCAGAAACAUUGCUUCACAUAGCCGCUUUGAGUGGACAGGACGAAUUUUUGGUGAACCUGGUUGAGCUUUUGUCUCCAUAUCCGGAAGCGCUUGAAAUGGUUGAUUGUGAUAACCGCACAGCCCUGCACAAUGCUGUCCUAGGUGGAAGGAUAAGGAUGGUCAAGGCAUUAGUCAGAAGUAAUCCUAGGUUGACGCAACUUCGAGAUAAGGAAGGACGUGUUCCUUUGGGAAUAUCUGCUAAGGAAGCCUCUGUGCAUAAGGAGAUUGCUUGGUUCCUGGCGAAAAGUACGACAGACGAUGAGCCAAGUCAUCCCUUCCGCAAUCCCUCUGCGAUUGAGACCAUCAUAGAUCUCACCACCGCUGGUCAUCAUGAUAUCACCCUUUAUCUAGUUGGGCGGUACCCUCACUUACUUACCAUACAAAGCCCAAGGUAUCCUGGAUGUUCUAUACUGUCCGUGUUGGCAUCGAUGGAAUCUCACUUUCACAGUGGAAACAGGCUUAGUGUUUUGGAAGCAUUGAUAUACAAAUGUAUACCGGUGAACUUGAGCUACAAACCAACAGACAAAAAUUCGGAGCCGGCGCUUCAAUGUUUUUCAAGGUCACUUUGGAGUGCUACCAAAAUUGUAGUUCCUAUAAUCAAGAGAGUUCAUGAGGUGAAGCUAAGAAACAUGGCGGCAGUCGAGUUGGCAAAACAAGUUUGCAUUGCGAUCUCUUACAUGAAUAAUGCUGAGAUCACCGAAUUUUUCGAAAAUGGAGACUUACUGUAUGCAGCUACAGUCAAGGGAAUCAGUGAAAUCGUGAAGCUCUGUAUUCAGUUUUUCCCGGACCUUAUUCGAAUUAGGCCUAAUGGUAGCAGUUUGCCGGCACAUGCGGUGAGGUAUCGCCAAGCAAGGAUUCUCGGACUCUUUUUGCAGUUAAGCUCGACCGCUGAGUUGUCAUUAGUCCUAGGGCCUACAGACGAAGAUUCUCAGGCCAUUAUGUUUGCAGCAGCAUCGUACUUCCCUUAUCAUGAUACUGUAACUAAGGUGGCUGGGGCAACUUUUCAAAUGCAAAGAGAACUCAAAUGGUAUAAGGCUGUGGAAAGCUGGGUUCACCCUCUUUGGAGAAAUAGCUACAUGGAAACUGCUGGGGGUGUGAAUAUGACAUAUUGGAAUGGUUUCGUGAAGAAUCACCAAGAGUUGCUCGAGAAAGGGGAGAAGUGGGUGAAGGACACAGCAAAUUCAUGUAUGCUUGUCUCAACUUUAAUUGCCACAGUAUUGUUCGCUGCUGCAUUCACUGUACCUGGAGGCAAUGACGACAAAAAUGGAGUCCCACUGUUGUUAGGAGAGGACUCUUUCUUGGUUUUCACAAUUUCGGAUGUGUUAGGUUUGUUUUCUUCCGUGAUGGCCAUCUUGCUAUUCCUAGCCAUCUUAACUUCACGUUAUGAGGCACGAGAUUUUCUUGAAGCAUUGCCUCAGAAGAUCAUAAUGGGACUUUGUUUUCUCUUCCUCUCCCUGGCUUUCAUGCUAGUGGCCUUCGCUGCAUCUCUCACACUUGUGCUGGAAGAAAGAGUAGAGUGGGUUCUCAUUCCCAUUACUUUGCUGGCCUCUCUUCCCGUGGUUUUAUUCGUAAUACUACAGCUUCCCUUGCUAUAUCAAAUGGUUAAAUCCACUUAUGGACCAAACAUUUUUUGUCCCGAUGGCAUUUGGGAUGGAGUCAAUUAUACUAAACAAGAUCAGUGAUUGAUAAAUUUGAUUUGAGGGUGUUUGUCUUCAUUAUAGUUGGUU